AUGGAUAGGAGGAGAUUAAAGAAGAAUUCAAGAACUAUAGACAAAAAAAAAAGAAGAGCUCAAGCGGCAAACUAUUUAAUAGAAAAUAAUGAUAAAUACAUUCAUAGAUACCCGGAGAAAGAGCUUGAGUGGAAGGAAACCAAUUCUGAUGAAGAAAAUGAUAUAAUUGGUGAAGAAUCUGCUGUUAAAGAAAAGACAAUGUCAAUUCAUAUAUAUGAAACAUGGUGGUGUUCUUCUGCACUUCAGCAUUUAUUACAUGAUCGGAUUGAUCUGACCGUUGAAAAACUGACGAAAAAACCUCGAAUUCUAAAAAUUAAAAGAGUUCAAAGAUGUAAAACAACAACAAGUAUGCCUCCAGUGGAUACACCAAAUUGGUGUUUGACCAACGAGGCUCUUAAAAGAUUUAAUCAUUCAACAAAUGAAAUUCCAACAUAUGAUUAUAAUACUGAUCAAGAUGAAGAAAGUGACGAAUAUCAUAACGAUGAAUAUGAAAAUAAAAAAAUAAAAAUAAAAAAAACAAAAAAAGCAAAAAAAAGGUAAAAAACAUAAAAAUAAUAAUAUUAUGAUUAAAUACUUUUAUUAGGUUAUUCUUAUCAAUUGGCAUUUAUACGAAUUGAUUAAAAUAAAGUUGUAUGUAAGAUUAAUUUGAACAUUCAAUCCAAUUAAUUUUAAAAUAAAAUAUGUAUAUUUUU